UUUCUGGAUUCGAGUUUGAGGCGAAACCACCCCACAUUCGUAAUUUUUCUACACCGACUUCCUUUUCUUUUCAGUUAAGCUCCUAAAUUUCCAGCUCUUAAGUAGACGUUCCCACUAAUGCAGUUACGUAGGCCCACCGUCCUUUAUUUAUUUAUUUAUUUUUUGAUUCCCCACACCAGUACCCUUGCGGCAAAAUAGCACCGAACUGGGAGUUAGAAAACCUGGGUUCUAGUCCCGACUGCCACUAACUAGCGAGAUUAGAAAAAAAUGAGGCUCAUAGGAAAGAAGUGAUUUACUCAAUCAAGAUAACAACGCUGUCUGCUAAAUGUCAGAGCAGUCUUUCUUUUUAGGAAAAACAUGAAUCAGAAGCUACUAAAGUUGGAGAACUUGCUACAUUUUCUUCAGACCUAUAAAUCUCACACCGUUUGUAGGCAGCUGCACAGCCUGGGUCAAAGAAGAACAUUAGUACAGUGGAGGCAUGGAUUUUCAUCUGCUUACCCAGUGUGGACAGCUCAGAUGUGCGCCUGGCCAUGGCAAACAGAUGUGCUCAUUGGGGCUGCUUUAUCGAAAUACAGGCUUCUAGUAACAAAGGAGGAAAAGAGACCAAGGAAAUCUCAAUUGUCUUCAACAAAAACUAAAAAGGAGGUAGAAGUAUGGAUUGGAAUGACUGUUGAGGAACUAGCCAGAGCACUGGAAAAAGACAUAGAUUAUGUAUAUGAAGCUUUAUUGAAUACUGCAAUUGACAUAGAUUCACUAGAAGUACACUCACAGUUAGAUGAAAUCUGGAUCAAAGAAGUAAUAAAGAAGGCAGGGAUGAAGUUGAAAUGGAGCAAAUUAAAACAGGACAAAGUCAGAGAAAAUAAAGAUGCUGUAAGAAGGCCCCAAGCAGAUCCAGCUUUAUUAACCCCAAGGUCCCCUGUUGUUACUAUAAUGGGUCAUGUCGAUCAUGGGAAAACAACGUUACUUGACAAACUUCGAAAAACUCAAGUGGCAGCAAUGGAAGCUGGAGGCAUCACUCAGCACAUUGGUGCCUUUCUGGUCUCUCUGCCCUCUGGGGAAAAAAUAACCUUUCUUGAUACUCCGGGACAUGCUGCCUUCUCAGCAAUGAGAGCCAGAGGUGCUCAGGUCACUGAUAUUGUUGUGUUGGUCGUAGCUGCAGAUGAUGGGGUGAUGAAACAGACUAUAGAAUCUAUUCAGCAUGCUAAAGAUGCUCAAGUUCCUAUUGUCCUUGCAAUAAACAAAUGUGACAAAGCUGAGGCUGAUCCUGAAAAAGUGAAAAAAGAGUUGCUGGCUUAUGAUGUGGUGUGUGAAGAUUAUGGAGGCGAUGUUCAAGCAGUGCAUGUCUCUGCGCUCACGGGCGAUAAUCUGAUGGCUUUGGCAGAAGCAACAACUGCUCUUGCAGAAAUGUUAGAAUUGAAAGCAGAUCCCACUGGUCCAGUGGAAGGAACAGUAAUUGAGUCUUUCACAGACAAAGGAAGAGGUCCUGUUACUACAGCUAUCAUUCAAAGAGGAACUUUGAGAAAAGGCUCAAUUCUGGUUGCUGGAAAGAGUUGGGCAAAAGUACGCUUAAUGUUUGAUGAAAAUGGAAAAAUAAUCAAUGAAGCCUAUCCCAGCAUGCCAGUGGGAAUUAUAGGCUGGAAGGACCUUCCUUCUGCAGGAGAUGAAAUUCUUGAAGUAGAAUCUGAGGCAAGGGCACGUGAAGUUAUUAACUGGAGGAAGUUUGAACAAGAACAGGAGAAAAAUAAAGACGAUCUGAAAAUACUGGAAGAAAAACGAAAGGAACACCAAGAAGAACAUCGGAAAACCCGUGAGAAGUAUGGCACUUUGCACUGGAAGAAGAGAUCAUUUAUGAAGUACCUAGAAAGAAAAGAACAAAGACCCUUAAAGCCAAAAGAGAAAAUAGAAAGAGAUUCAAACGUACUACCUCUAAUUAUUAAAGGUGAUGUUGAUGGUUCUGUUGAGGCCAUUUUAAACAUUAUGGAUACCUAUGAUGCUUCACAUGAAUGUCAACUAGAUUUAGUACAUUAUGGAGUAGGUGAUAUUAGUGAAAAUGAUGUUAACUUGGCUGAAACAUUUGAUGGUGUUAUAUUUGGUUUUAAUGUGAAUGUAAGCAAUGUUAUCCAGCAGUCAGCUGCAAAAAAGGGAGUAAAAAUUAAACUUCACAAAAUCAUUUACCGUCUUAUUGAAGAUUUGCAGGAGGAACUGAGCAGCAGAAUGCCCUGUACUGUAGAGGAACACCUAAUAGGUGAGGCUUCUAUACUAGCUACCUUCUCUGUAACAGAAGGAAAGAAGAAAAUUCCUGUGGCUGGCUGCAGAGUUCAAAAAGGACAGUUAGAAAAACAAAAAAAAUUUAAAUUAAUCCGCAAGGGACAGGUUAUUUGGAAAGGCUCAUUGACCUCAUUGAAACACCAUAAAGAUGACAUCUCAGUCAUCAAAACUGGAAUGGAUUGUGGUCUCAGUUUAGAUGAAGAAAAAGUGGAAUUCCAAGUGGGAGAUGAAAUUGUUUGUUACGAAGAAAAGGAAGUUUCAGCAAAGAGUUCUUGGGACCCAGGAUUUUAAAACUAUAUUAAAAAUGUCAAUGAUGAAAUGCCUUUGCUUUAUUUUACAUCAACUGGUUUUGUUUUACAGAAGUUAAAGCUUUACCAUUAAAUAGUCAAAAAGUACUUGUUAUUCUACACCAUGUGUAUUAGAGCACAUCAGAUUGGAACAGAAAUAAUAAACCAUUCAAGGAUAUCUCCAAUGAGAAAUUCUCAAGUGGGAAUGUAACAUGCAAAAAAAGGGAGUUGGUAGCAUUACCACUGAAUGUAAUAGUUAAGAGUGGCACCAACAAACCAAUCCUCCCUGAAUUGAGCUGGAUGGGUAAAAUAUGACACCAACAUGUACUACUUGAAGUAUUUUUUUCUUUUGCCGUGAAUAUUAAAUAUUUUAUAAGGAUCCAUCCUGAAUAAUUUCUAAGAGCUUAUGCAUAACAUUAACUAGCGGUGUGUUCCCUUGUAUUGCAAAGGGCAGAUAUCCUACCAACAUGUGAUGCAUCUUUGAAUUGAAAACUGGCUUAUAUUUAGACAGCUGAUAAUGUAACUCCUGCGAAAGUAUGAAAUUACUAKGUAGUGAAAAUAUCAAGUAGUUGACCCAGAACCACUAGGUCAAAUAAUGUAUCAACAUUCACAUGAAGAGGCAUAUCAAAGGAUGAUGAGACCAUCAAUUUGAU